UGCUCCAUGUGGCGAACGUCAAAGACUGCUCCUAGCAGCGGAAGGACAACAAAAAAGAAAAACAAAGCUAGAUAUCUCUGCAGACAUCCAAUCUGUAGCGUCCUCAUUUUUACCCACGCCCCAUAGAUCGAGCUGAAUGGCAGUGGUUCGUCUUCUGAGAGCAAUAGUUACAGCUUUGGUGCCCGCUGGCAGUGUUCGGAUAUAAGACAUUGAUGCACGCUCAAGAUAACGUUUGACGAAGAUCCAUGGAAUCACCUUAGUAUUGGAGCCGAAAACGAAAAAAGCCACCUGAUCCACCGCAAGAUCCGGACAACAUGCGCUGCAGCGUGGCCUUCCUAUCGGUAGCCAUUACAUUUGUAGUCCUGGUGUACGUGGCGACGACUAGUGACGUUCUUCUACAGAAAAGAGGGAACCGAUGUGCCUACAGGGUGAUCCGAAAUGUCACUUGCCGAGUGCGUAAUGGCACGGAAAUCGUCUACACUCGGAUGUUGCCAGCGCACUGCGACUAUUCAAAUUGCAACUCUGUCAUGAUGCCGAUGCACCGUCCCAUCUACGUCACAACGGUAAAGAUGCAACAGCAGGUGCUUUGGAGGUGCUGCCCCAAAUUCUCCGGUCCGAACUGCGAAGACUUUGAAGCGCCCGAAGUAAUUGAUGCGAUGGAAGUGUCUGAUCCAAGGCAGGAUAUUGAUCACGCUAUCAAUUCACAGGGCGCAACUGGUGAACUGCAUCGCGCCUGCAAAUGCCCACCUGGGCAACCUGGUCCAUCAGGCCCACCGGGCAAGCCGGGACCUCCGGGUUCACCCGGCCCUGAAGGACCUCCUGGCAGGGCAGCGCGAUCACUGUACAAUUCGAGCGAACACGACGGUCGUUACGGCCCCGCGGAGUUCCAGGGAAAUCCAGGUCCAGUUGGUCCUCCAGGACCUCCUGGACGUACAGGUGUGCAGGGGCCCCAAGGUAUGCCUGGUGAACCGGGACUGAGGGGGUUACCAGGGGAUCCCGGUCCACCUGGUCCGCCAGGACUAGCGGUUCGAAGUGAGCACGUCGACGAUGUCAGCGGAACGACUGCCAACGGUCCUCAUCCGAAUCAACGCGAUAUUUUGAACAUUGUGCAAACCAUAUCGAGAAUGACGGGGGAACUGGCCGACCUGUACGAGCGAGUAGAGAAGCUCGAACAAACGGUCACGGUGCUCUCUGAUUUGGCGAUGACCCCAGCCGAUAUACCCAUUGACCAUUCUGCACCUGCACCCAUGGAUACGCGUCCAAAAGCUCCCCAUCGUUCGAAUGCACCUUCAGAGGGAGACGACUACGAAUAUGAAGAUGCGGGGACACGCUCCAUGAAAGGGGCUUCUCAUCUGACAAGGUCCCGCGGACGACCCCGGUAUAGAGGAGGACGUCAGAAAACGGAGAGGAGACGGUCAUGACUCAUGGGCAAGAAAUUAUGACGACACUUUGAUUGUCGAUCAUCUAUAAGACAAGUAUCAAAAUGAAAGCACAUUUUGAGAAACAA